AUGCAGUUCAAAUUAGUAGAGCAGAACUCGAAGGUUCUACCACAGAGACGAAAGCAACGCGUGAAGAGAGACGCUACAGACUCGCCUAACCACGACUUACGAUCGCGGUCGUUUUCGUCGCAUUUUGCAGCUUGCGGCAGCGCAGUGUCAUUUGACUCCCGGGCAGCUCUUCGCUCUGUUAGCGUCAUGACGCAUGCAACGGAAAGCGGACCAGGGAACAGCGGCGAUUCCAGAAGGAAGCUGAAAUUGAAACCCCUGAGACAAACCCUCCCAACAGCCCAUCACGACGAUUGGCAACUCGCGGGUGUCGUCCGAUGA